GACUCGCUUCCUGGAACAUUGCAUUCGCCAGUGUUUUUGUUUCGAGGCUGUUAUUGUAAGCCGUUGUUAUUUAUCCUCACUUUGUUUCGCUUCUCCAUGCGGCAUCAUCCAGCACAUGUCACUCCUUCUUGCUCUCGCAGCAGUCCCAGGCAUGUUAGGCACUCAAGAAGCCAUUAGACAAGGACAGCAGAAGGAACGACGAGAGGAACACCGAGCGCGACGAUGUAAUCUGAUUGUCAGGUGUAUAAAAUCCUCGCAAUGGUCUCGCGAACUCGACGGAAGACCUUUGGUUCUUCGCAAUGGAGCAGUGUACAUAGACACAUGCACCUCAGGCGACGCCAAACCAGAUCAUCAGCUCGGCGGUUACUUCCUUCCUUAUCCGGACAGCAAGCACGAGGGGCUCGUCACCACAAUCACUGAUGUUGCGCCUAUUAUGAAUUGGGUGUAUAUGCACUCCCAAACACAUCAACUUCGCUACGGCGUCCGGAAAGACGCCCAGCCCCACCUUACGGGGCCCUUUGACUGCACACGACAAGAGCGUCGGCUAACACUCCUUGGCUGGGAAGGCUUCUGCGCCGUUGAAGUAGAGCCCGCUGUCUGGGGUUGUUUCUUCGAUGCUCAUGAUGACGGCCUUAAGGCGCUAAUGGACGGUGGUUUGAUUGGGAGGAACACGAGGGUGUUGGAGAUCGAACUGACGAGAGCGGAGAAACGGUUCAAGAAGGACCCUGCUGCAAGGAACGCUGAUCAGACUAUCAAUCGGGGCAAAACGCUUACUCCGGAUGGUAAGGAGGUGAUUCUCGAGCCUCCCAAACCUCUUGGUGCUGAGCGUCCAGCCUCACAAACGAAUGGAAACACAGCCGGUGCACCGGCGUCGGCGAAGGCAGCCUCUGUGGCGCCCCCCAUAUCAACAAAGGGGACGUCCCAAAAGAAGCCAGCGCCGGUGACUCCUCCAAACCCUCCACUUCCGUCGCUAUCUUCGCCACCGCCCCUAGCCCCAGCAGCACCAAUCAAACCCACAUCGCAGUCAUCAGGACAUGAAAAAGCAGACACGCAUCAUGUCCGACAGGCCAUACAGCAGCUUCAUCAAGCUACACAGCGCAACCAGAGCGACGACGAAAGGCCCGAAAAGACCAGACCUUUACCGUCUCUGCCACAGCCGGAUGUCGAGUCGGAACAUCCACUACUACGCGGCCAACAAGACCGUAUAAGGACCCCGCCUUCACCGUCCCCAGCACCGAUACAAGUUGAGUCGAAGCCACCAGCAUACGCUCCGCAGAGAACUCAUCACAUCACCCCACCUGCAUCUCCCGACAGCCCAAUCGACUUUGAAGAGCUCCUUCAAGCGCGGUACAGCAGGACAUGGCCUCAAACACCGCCCAGUCCGGCGAGAGUCCGGGUCGAGGCUCCGAUUGUUCUUGAUACAUAUGGCCUCCCGGAGAAGCGAGAGAAACCGGUGAAGAAACACGCCAACAAGACGCAAUCUUACAGUCAACAAGCACCUCACCAUGAGAACAGACGGAUCUCAAAGCCGCCCUCGGCGCAUGCAAACAGCUUCGGGGUUUCAAGGAUAUUACCGCCGCUAGAACCCCCGCCGCUCUUGUACGAUAAAGAUAGCAAAGAUAAAAAUCAGCCAGAAGUGAGAUCGAAGACCAUGCCGUCGGUCAUGAAGAUGCUGCGGAGGGGAAGCUGGUCGCCGGAGAAGAAGAGCCCACUCAACCCAAUUUCGGCGAAGGAGGAUGACUUGGGCAAUGAAAGCAGGGGCAUAGGAAGAAUCAGGAGGAGCUUCACAAUGGCAAGACCGAGAAGGAGCGAGAGUCAGAGUGGUAAGAGCACCAGCUGAGAUUCUGUAUUUAGAGAGAGUAUAGACAAAAUGUGGGCUUGAGCGAACAGGAAAUAAAUUGAUAUGGCAGGGAGGUGGUUGGGGCGAUUUAAGCUUUCCAACAGAUUUUUG